UAAACAGAGACAGUUGGACGAUAUCUCCAUAACGACUCGAAAGGAAACUUUUCGAGGGUUGGGUGAAGUAGACGAUGAUAUGUUUUAAGGUCAAAUUUACUACCGUGACCAUCCAUGCACACACCUUGAUUCGUAGCAGAAAGUGACACCUCGAUUUGACAUCUACGUCAAGUGUGCCAGUGAUGGGAAGUCUGUUGGCGACUGUCCUUUCUCCCAGCGAGUUUGUAUGGUGGCCAUCUUGAAAAUCCCCACAGAUCUAUUUUGUAUCAUUCCUGUGGAUAUAUCUAAUAAACCCGAGGCAUUUCUCAAACUGAACCCGGAUGGAACUGUCCCCGUGCUCGUGGACCGCUCGGACAAGCAGAUGAUAUCAGACUCGGGCAAGAUCGUCCAGUACAUCGAUUCUCUCUUUCUAGACCCGGAUGUGAGAGUAGGCUACACCGGGCCUGCGCGUGACGCCACUGACGCAGUGUUCGGAAAGCUGGCCGCCUGGUUAAAGGACUCUCGUCUUGAUCAGACAGAAAAGCUGCGGUCGGCUUUAACAGCGGAGUUAAGUAAAUGUAAUGACUACUUAUCUAGCGUCAGUGACGGGUUUCUGCUCGGUGACAGUCUGUGUGAUCUCGACUGUUCCGUGCUCCCCAAACUGAGACACGUCCAAGUGGCUGGCAACUACUUCAGAAACUUCGACAUACCCGAACACCACUCGGCACUGCUCGGGUAUAUUCGGCGUGGUGAAGCGACGGACGUGUUUAAACAGACGUGCCCCGAAGACCGCGAAAUCAUACACGGGUGGGCACAACACGGAGUUACCGUUCUUAACAAGUGAACUUCGUCAUUGUCAAAUUCAGUAUGCUGUUUAUUGAUAAAUAAAGUUUACCACAGAUUAUUAAAACAAAA